AUGGGAUUUGCAUUUUGGGAAGAUCCUGCCGGUGCCCUGGAGAGACUGGAGGAUGCGGGCGCGGUCGGUAGAAACAGGGGCCCGUUUAGGGGGCUGUUGCGGUGGCGCAUCCCCUUCUAUGGACCAGAGCCCUUGAUGAGUCCCCUGAGCUGGGACUUUGGCAAGGGUUGGGGGCAGAGCGGGAAGAAGGGACCAGAGACACAUCCACAAAACGCCACUUCAGACUCGUGGGUCCUGCCAGAAGCCCCGGAUCGGCGGAACGUAAAAUGGCCCCCCCCCAGCCUCCUGCUUUGCUUGCUCUCCGCAACCGUUUUCUCUCUGCUGGGGGGAAGUUCAGCGUUCCUGUCGCACCACCGCCUGAAAGGCAGGUUUCAGAGGGACCGCAGAAACAUCCGCCCCAACAUCAUCCUGGUGCUGACAGACGACCAGGACGUGGAGCUGGGUUCCAUGCAGGUGAUGAACAAGACGCGGCGCAUCAUGGAGCAGGGCGGGGCGCACUUCAUCAACGCCUUCGUGACCACGCCCAUGUGCUGCCCCUCACGCUCCUCCAUCCUCACCGGGAAGUACGUCCACAACCACAACACCUACACCAACAAUGAGAACUGCUCCUCGCCCUCCUGGCAGGCACAGCAUGAGAGCCGCACCUUCGCCGUCUACCUCAACAGCACGGGCUACCGGACAGCUUUCUUCGGGAAGUAUCUUAAUGAAUACAAUGGCUCCUAUGUGCCGCCUGGCUGGAAGGAGUGGGUCGGCCUCCUUAAAAAUUCCCGUUUUUAUAACUACACGCUCUGUCGGAACGGGGUGAAGGAGAAGCACGGCUUUGACUACUCCAAGGACUACCUGACAGACCUCAUCACCAAUGACAGCGUGAGCUUCUUCCGCACGUCCAAGAAGAUGUACCCACACCGGCCCGUCCUGAUGGUCAUCAGCCACGCGGCCCCCCACGGCCCUGAGGACUCUGCCCCCCAGUACUCACGCCUCUUCCCCAACGCGUCCCAGCACAUCACGCCGAGCUACAACUACGCGCCCAACCCCGACAAGCACUGGAUCAUGCGCUACACAGGGCCCAUGAAGCCCAUCCACAUGGAGUUCACCAACAUGCUGCAACGGAAGCGUCUGCAGACCCUCAUGUCUGUGGACGACUCCAUGGAGACGCUCUACAACAUGCUGGUUGAGACCGGCGAGCUGGACAACACCUACAUCGUGUACACGGCCGACCACGGCUACCACAUCGGCCAGUUCGGCCUGGUGAAGGGCAAGUCCAUGCCCUACGAGUUUGACAUCAGGGUCCCGUUCUACGUGAGGGGCCCCAACGUGGAGGCCGGCUCGCUGAAUCCCCACAUCGUCCUCAACAUCGACCUGGCCCCCACCAUCCUGGACAUUGCUGGUCUGGACAUCCCCUCGGAUAUGGAUGGGAAGUCCAUCCUCAAGCUGCUGGAUACGGAACGACCAGUGAAUCGGUUUCACCUGAAAAAGAAGAUGAGGGUCUGGCGGGACUCCUUCCUGGUGGAGAGAGGCAAACUGCUCCACAAGAGGGACAAUGACAAGGUGGAUGCUCAGGAGGAGAACUUCCUGCCCAAAUACCAGCGCGUGAAAGACCUGUGUCAGCGUGCAGAGUACCAGACGGCAUGCGAGCAGCUGGGACAGAAGUGGCAGUGCGUGGAGGACACGUCGGGGAAGCUGAAGCUGCACAAGUGCAAGGGCCCCGCGCGCCUCGGGGGCAGGGCGCUCUCCAACCUGGUGCCCAAGUACCACGCGCCGGGCGGCGGCGACGCGUGUGCCUGCGACGGCGGCUACCAGCUCAGCCUGGCCGGCCGCCGGAAGAAGUUCCUCAAGAAGAAAUACAAGACCAGCUAUGCCCGGAACCGCUCCAUCCGCUCAGUGGCCGUCAAGGUGGAUGGCGGGGUGCACCACACAGGCCUGGAUGACGCAUCCCAGCCCCGCGGCCUUACCAAGCGGCACUGGCCAGGGGCCCCUGAGGACCCAGACGACAAAGACGGCGGAGACUUCAGUGGCACCGGGGGCCUUCCAGACUACUCAGCCCCCAACCCCAUUAAAGUGACACACCGGUGCUACAUCCUCGAGAACGACACGGUCCAGUGUGACCUGGAUCUGUACAAGUCCCUGCAGGCCUGGAAAGAUCACAAGCUGCACAUCGACCACGAGAUCGAAACCCUGCAGAACAAAAUUAAGAACCUGCGGGAAGUCCGGGGUCACCUGAAGAAAAAGCGGCCCGAGGAAUGUGACUGUCACAAAAUCAGUUACCACACCCAGCACAAAGGCCGCCUCAAGCAUAAAGGCUCCAGUCUGCAUCCUUUCAGGAAGGGCCUGCAGGAGAAGGACAAGGUGUGGCUGCUGCGAGAGCAGAAGCGCAAGAAGAAACUUCGCAAGCUGCUCAAGCGCCUGCAGAACAACGACACGUGCAGCAUGCCGGGCCUCACGUGCUUCACCCACGACAACCAGCACUGGCAGACGGCACCGCUCUGGACACUGGGGCCAUUCUGCGCCUGCACCAGCGCCAACAACAACACCUACUGGUGCAUGAGGACCAUCAACGAGACCCACAACUUCCUCUUCUGCGAAUUUGCCACGGGCUUCCUGGAGUACUUUGAUCUCAACACGGACCCCUACCAGUUGAUGAAUGCGGUGAACACACUGGACCGGGACGUCCUCAACCAGCUCCAUGUGCAGCUCAUGGAGCUGAGGAGCUGCAAGGGUUACAAGCAGUGCAACCCCCGGACUCGAAACAUGGACCUGGGACUUAAAGAUGGAGGAAGCUAUGAGCAAUACAGGCAGUUUCAGCGUCGAAAGUGGCCAGAGAUGAAGAGACCUUCUUCCAAAUCGCUGUGA